AUGAGCGAUAGUAAUUGGCCGAACGAAUUACCUAAAAAAGGUACCUCGCACGGAGAGCAUGAAAAAAGCUGGGCGGAGAAGAAUUCACAACCAGUGUGCUCACCGCAGUGUUCUGGAUUCACUGACACUCACAUCACUUUCCGGAAGAAAAUACCUGCCGUCAUGUCGUCACCCGUCGAUUCACCUCAUUCUUUGUUGCUUUCACCAAUAUUACUUCGUCCGAUUCGUUCACUCUCGACACAGAAUAAUUUUUAUGGGUUACCGUCAGAAUAUGAUGAAGAACAUCGUUUGUCACGGCAAAAAUACCAGUUGCCGCGUACUUUUACUUCAAAAGGUGGUAUUGUAUUAGGGGCAAAAACAGCUGUCGAUAGAGGUAGUGCUGAUAAUUCAGAAAGCCGUUUUUUAAUGCAAGUGUCACACAAACGAGGAAGGCGUCUGUCUGGUAUGUUUAGUCAAAAAUCAAUAGACUCGUCGUGUUCAAAUCAUGUUGCGACAUUAGGAAAUUUGGUGCGAAUGCGUAACUCUUCGUUAGGUCAUUCCGAUCCACAAAUUUCUGCAUCAGUUCAGUCGUUUUCUGUUCGUCUUCGAAAAAAAGACGGAAACAACCUCUCAUAUUCAUCAAUCAAUAGCCUUGGUUGUCGUCGAAGUUUAAAUGCUUCAGCAUCGCCUAUCCUCGCGCGAAGGUGCCGAUCGCCUAAUCGUUUUGCAGUUUUCCCUUUCUCUCAUGCAAAAACAAAUCCUGUAAUUGUGCCACUUAGAACAAAUGGUUCGCGUACAAUACCAUUAGCAUCAGUUCAGGAUAAUAGACGCUGGUCUGUUGCAUCUCUUCCAUCAUCGAGCGGUUACGGAACACCUGGAAGCAAUUCAGCAUUCUCGAGUGAAUAUUCAUCGCAAGAACAACUCUGCGAUAUUCUUACCGAUUUGCGACUUAGCAGUGCUGAAGGUUCAAAUGAAGAUUUCCCGGGUCAGAAUCGUCCUCGUUCUCGAAGUUUGACGAGCUCUGUAAAUUUCGGUUCUGAAUCGACAUGCAGUAUUGUUGUUCAUAAAACAAUUUACAAAGAACGCUUUCCAAAGGCGAAGAAACAAAUGGAAGAGCAACUUACCCAGUUAAUCGAUGAAAAUGCAGCAUUAUCUGAUAUUGCAUCUUUGGAUACAUUACGACCAGAAAGUUUGUGCUUGGAGGAUGCAUGGAAUAGUUCACCAAAUACUUCGCUUAGCUCACUCAUCAGUCGUAGGUCAAUGAUGGCUGACAAUCUGGAGAGCGAUCCCAGAAUGCGACUGAUUUCAGAUGGUGCUACGCGAUUUCUUCAUCAUCAAAUUAUCGAAGUUGCUAAUGAUUGCUUGUCAAAGUCAAAAGAUGAUCUCACUAAUGCCUCUUACUUCUCAGAAAUAUCUCAAAGACUCGAAGCUGUUGUUGCCGAAGCACAUAAAAAAACUUCACCUGAAAGCUUUGCCUUUUUGUCUAAAAUGGUGAAACAUGUGCUAAUGAUCAUUUCUCGACCAGCUCGUAUUUUAGAGUGCUUGGAGUUCGAUCCGGAUCAGUUCUAUCACUUAUUACAAGAAACGGAAGGAGCAGUUCGUGAGCAGCUCGGUGCAGGUAAUGCUAGAGUUCCAGAUUUACCACAGUACAUCAUAAGCAAACUUGGUCUGAAUAAAAAUUUGAUGUCCGAAUCAACAGUUGAUAUUUCAAAGGUAAAGCAUAGUUCAGUAUUCGAUGAGGAAACUCGUUUGGUGGAGUGUGAGCGGGAUUUAUGCGAAAGACGCCCACCAUCUGAAGACGACUAUGAAACAAUUCGACUAAUAAGCAAUGGAGCAUAUGGUGCCGUUUAUUUGGUGCGGCAUAAAGAAACACGACAACGAUUUGCACUGAAGCGGAUGAAGAAACAAACUUUAUUAAUGCGUAAUCAAGUAAACCAGGUAUAUGCUGAGAGGGACAUACUUACAUUUACGGAUAAUCCAUUUGUCGUAUCAUUUUAUGGUUCAUUCGAGACACGUCAUCAUUUGUGCAUGUUAAUGGAAUACGUGGAAGGUGGAGAUUGUGCAGCGUUGCUGAAAAAAGCUGGAACAUUACCACUUGAUACAGCACGACUCUAUGUUGCAGAAACUGUUCUUGCUAUUGAUUAUCUUCAUUCCUACGGUAUCGUUCAUCGUGAUUUAAAACCCGAUAACCUGUUGAUAACGGCAUUAGGUCAUAUAAAGUUAACCGAUUUUGGACUUUCAAAGAUUGGCCUGAUGAAUCGUGCAACACUACUGUGCGAAAAUUAUACUGAUAUUUCGGAUACGCAACAAUUUACGGAUAAACAGCUUUGUGGUACUCCUGAAUAUAUCGCGCCAGAAGUAAUUUUAAGACAGGGAUAUGGCAAACCAGUGGAUUGGUGGGCACUUGGGAUUAUUUUAUAUGAAUUCCUAAUUGGAAUUGUUCCGUUUAUAGCUGAUACACCAGAACAUUUAUUUGCAAAAAUUGUUAAUGAGGAGAUAGAAUUUCCUGAAGGGGAAGAAGCGCUGCCCAUUGAAGCUGAAUCGUUGAUCAAACGCUUAUUGGAAAAAGAUCCAGUAGAACGGCUUGGAUCGGUUGGCGGUGCGCAGCAGCUGAUGAAUGAUUCUUUUUUUGGUGAUUUGAAUUUCAAAUCCUUGUUACGCCAGAAAGCAGAAUUUGUACCCCAAUUGGAGGGAGAAGAAGACACAUCUUAUUUUGAUGCUAGAACUGAUCGCUACAAUCAUGAUGUUGACAGUGGUGAUGAAGAUAACACUCCAAUGUUUGGUUCUUUUGACACCGCAUCACCUCGGCAUUCAGUGAUCAGUCCUGAAUCAAUUAAUGUGGCUCAGGCUACAAGUUCUGAUGGUGUCAAGAUCCGAUCGGAUUCGAUUUCAGUUUCUCGUCAAUUGAGCGGAGAUUUUUGCGAAAACAAAAUGGAUAUUAAAUAUGACUGUCCUUUACCGGCGACAGUGCUACUCAGGCGAUGUUUUUCAUCUCAGCUUCAAAAUAAUUUAUUUACAUCAAGCAGCGGAAUGAAUGAAACGGGUGAUCUUAAUACAGUUGGCUUAUCUGCAGAUUCCUCGGUUGAUGUAUUCAGCUCUUCCGAAUAUUCGCGAUCGGUUUCAACCACAGAUGGUUAUCAGAAUCAGAGGAGCAACAUAGUAACGUCUCCUUUGCCAAGUUUUUCGGUAACUUGCGAACCCGACACAACUACAAUCAGCUUAUGUGACAAAAAACUAUCGCCCGUAACUGAAUCACGACCAGCUUCUGAUCUGACUGCUUUCGAUUCUGGUCGAAUUGAUGAAGCGGUUAGUGAACACGAUCGUACUCUGCAACUUGAAAUUCCAAUGCAGUCUUCGUCUUUAAUCACUCAACAUUCACCAGCUGGUUCAGCUUCCAGUGCGUCGUCAUUUGAUGGCAUUUCCUCCAAUCCACUAAUUAACUCAACUUCUAUUACGGAACAAAAUUUUCUAUUGAAAGCACCAAUAAUCAUCAAGAAAGGGCCGAAAGGUUUCGGCUUUACGAUUCGUUCAGUUCGUGUCUAUUUGGGUGAACAAUCAGACUAUUAUACUAUUGAACAUUUGGUGACAAAAGUGGAAGAAGGCUCUCCAGCCUACGAAUCUGGUAUACGACCAAAUGACCUCAUUACUCAUGUUCAUUCCCAACCUGUUUCUAAUCUUACACAUCCACAGUUGUUACAUCGUCUUCUUGCAUAUGGGAAUGAGCUUUCUCUAAAAACAACGCCACUCUCGUCAACCUCAAUUCGUGAAGGUGCGCCACGUCGUACAGUUGGCAAGUUGGCUAAGAAGAAACUGAGAAAACCGCAGCAUCGUGUCCAACUGGAGAAGAAGACUCGAAAAUCGUCACUUCUUCGUCGGUUAAGUGGCAAAAGAGCUAGUAAUGACAUUAUUCCAGGAAGUUCAUCCCAGAAACAAACGUUUAUGCCUCGGUCAGCUUCCAGCCAAGAUGGAAUACAACUAAGCAGUACAACUGCUUCGUCUUCCACGUUGGCGGUUGUAUCAACAGUGGGUUCCAAUGGUUCGAUGUUUAAACGGCUUUCAGAUGUUAGCUUACCUAUUAAGAAGGAAGAGAAAGUGAUUUCUGCAUCACCAUUAGCAUUGACAUGCACAAAUCGACCAUCUACGUUGCAGGGAUUGAAACAUAAAAUGGCUGGAAUGGCACACAAUUUAACGACACGUAAACAGAUAUCUACACCGGUUGCAGUCAGCCCUCUGGCAAGAGACGAAAUUGCUUUUAUUUCAAGAUCACCUAGUCCAUCUCAGUUAUCAAGAAAUGCAUCCUAUACAAAGCUUCAAAAGAUGCAACCCGAAGCAUAA